AUGGCAAACUUCAAGGUUUCGAUUCUGUUUUCCACUCUCCUAAUUAUGGUCCUUCAACUCCUCUUCUCUCCUUCAGAAGCUGACAUCAAAGGAGGGUAUUGGUACUCUGAAAGUGGACUUGCAGUUUCUGACAUAAACGCCUCUUAUUUCACUCACCUUUUCUGUGCCUUUGCCGACCUUGACCCCAAUACCAACCAAGUCACCAUUUCUUCUACAAACGCAGCUCAGUUCUCAACCUUCACUCAAACCGUCCGGGCGAACAAUCCUUCAGUGACAACCCUUUUGUCCAUAGGUGGUGGUGGUGGCGGUGCCACUUUGGCAGCAGAAUUUGCCAACAUGGCCAGCCAAGCCGACAGCCGCAAAUCCUUCAUAGAUUCUUCAAUCCAACAAGCUAGAGAAAACAACUUCGAUGGACUUGACCUUGAUUGGGAGUACCCAUCUUCAGACACAGACAGGUCCAACUUGGCCUUACUCCUCAGGGAGUGGAGAGCAGCUGUGGACCAAGAGUCCACCACUUCAGGCAACACAGCACUGAUCUUAUCUGCUGCUGUGGCUGGCUCUGACCAGAUCUCAUCAUUGGACUACUACCCAGGAACGGACAUUACAGAAAACUUGGACUUUGUCAACGUCAUGGCCUAUGACCUCUUCACCUCAGAUGGGUACCCAACAUCGACACAGCCACCUGCUCCUUGGAAUAACCCGCAAGGUCAAUUCAGUGUAGAUCAAGGGAUCACAACAUGGAUUGGGUUAGGGGUACCUGCGAGCAAACUAAAUGUGGGUUUACCCUUCUACGGUUACAAGUGGCAAUUGGCAGAUCCUAAUAACCAUGGUCUGUUUGCACCUGCUACUCAGGGACUUGGGGCAGUGGCGUACAAGGAUAUCGUUAGUGCUGGUGCGGAGGUUGUGUUUGAUUCUUCCUUUGUUACUAACUACUGCUUCAAAGGGACGGAUUGGUUUGGCUAUGACGACACUGAGAGUACCUCUACCAAGGUUGUUGAUGCCAGAGAGAGAGGAUUACUUGGCUAUUUUGCUUGGCAUAUUGGACAAGACAGCAACUGGGCUCUUUCUGAAGCAGCUUUUAAUGCAUAG